UUGGUGUUUGGCGGCAUAUAUAUAAUAGUAUAUCGAUUACUAAGUGGCUAUACUCAGUAUAGUUUUUGUUUUUUAAAUGUGUUAAAGUAAUAAAAAACAUCGAUAUGAAUGUAACAAACAAAUUUUUAUCAUCAGAGAAUGGAACACCGCACGACAAAGUGGCAAUAUUGGAUGCAGGUGCACAAUACGGAAAGGUAAUAGACCGCAAAGUAAGAGAAUUACUUGUGGAAUCGGAAAUUUUACCAUUAGACACACCAGCUGCUGUGUUAAAAGCUAACGGAUAUAGGGGUAUUAUUAUUUCUGGUGGGCCAAACUCUGUGUAUGCUGAAGAUGCGCCUAAUUAUGAUACAGAUAUUUUUAAAAUUAAGAUACCAAUUCUUGGAAUUUGCUAUGGUAUGCAACUUAUCAACAAGGAAUUCGGUGGUACUGUACACAAGAAAACAGUGCGUGAAGAUGGGCAAGAAAAUAUUGAAAUAGAACCGGAGUGUCCUUUGUUCAAUCGACUUAGUCGAACACAGUCAGUUUUGCUAACACAUGGUGAUAGUGUGGAACGUGUUGGAGACAAAUUAAAAGUGGGUGGUUGGUCGUCGAAUCGCAUUGUGACCGUAAUUUAUAACGAGACCUUGCGAAUAUAUGGCGUACAAUUCCAUCCAGAGGUGGACCUUACAACCAAUGGGAAGCAAAUUUUUUCAAAUUUUUUGUUCGAUAUUUGUGGAGCAACACCUAACUUUACGCUUGGAAACCGGAAAGAUGAUUGUAUUAAUUACAUAAAGGAGAAAGUCGGUACUAAUAGGGUUUUGUUGUUGGUUAGCGGAGGAGUUGAUUCGACUGUUUGUGCUGCUUUGUUACGCCAUGCAUUACAUCCAAACCAAAUUAUUGCAGUUCACAUUGACAACGGAUUCAUGCGUAAAGGAGAAAGUGAAAAGGUUGAAAAAUCUUUAAGGGAAAUCGGCAUUGAUCUGCUGGUGAAAAAGGAAACUUAUCGAUUUUUAAAAGGCACUACACAGAUUAAAAGGCCUGGACAAUUCUCAAUUGUAGAAACACCCAUGUUGUUUCAGACUAUUAACCCAGAGGAGAAACGCAAGAUUAUUGGUGAUGUAUUCGUAAAAAUUACCAAUGAUAUUAUAGCUGAAAUGAAGUUGAAGCCUGAUGAAGUGUUAUUGGCUCAAGGUACACUUCGACCAGAUUUGAUUGAAUCUGCAUCAAAUUUAAUUAGCCAGAACGCAGAAACUAUUAAAACUCAUCAUAACGAUACAGAACUAAUAAGACAAUUACGAAGUGCUGGUCGUGUCGUUGAACCUUUAAGCGAUUUUCACAAAGAUGAAGUAAGAGACAUAGGCAGAGAUCUCGGUCUACCAGCCGACUUAGUUGAACGACAACCAUUUCCAGGGCCAGGCCUAGCUAUCCGGAUUCUAUGUGCUGAAGAACCUUAUAUAGAAAAAGACUACUCAGAAACACAGGUUAUAGCAAAAGUUAUAGUCGAUUUUCAUAACAAACUAUUGAAAAACCAUGCAUUAAUAAAUCGCGUAAUUGGCUCUACCACAGAAGCAGAACAAAAGGAACUUAAGCGUAUUUCGUCCAUAGAUAAAGUGCAAGCUACUGUUUUACCUUUGCGAUCUGUCGGUGUACAGGGUGAUAAAAGAACUUAUAGCUAUGUGGUGGGGCUUUCUAGUAGCUCAGAACCCAAUUGGAAUGAUUUGAUAUUUUUGGCAAAAUUAAUUCCUCGUAUUCUUCAUAAUGUCAAUCGUGUUUGCUAUGUGUUUGGAGGUCCCGUGCAAUAUCAAAUUACGGAUAUAACUCAUACUACUCUUAAUAAAUACGUUUUAGAGCAACUAAGGGAAGCUGACGCUAUAGGAAACGAAAUAAUAAUUCAGGCAGGAGUACAUCGUUUAAUUUCGCAAAUGCCAAUUGUUUUGAUUCCCGUGCAUUUUGACAGAGAUCCGACGAAUCGAACUCCGUCUUGUUGUAGGUCAAUAGUCUUAAGACCAUUUUUAACAAAUGAUUUUAUGACCGGAGUACCAGUAAUACCAGGAUCGCUUCAGUUGCCAACACAGGUUCUCCAUAACAUUGUUCACGAAAUAUCAAAAUUAGAUGGUAUAUCCCGAGUUUUAUACGACUUGACAUCUAAACCACCAGGUACAACCGAAUGGGAGUAACUCUAUUAUCUAAUUUUAACCUGAUUUCUAUGAUAGAAUCAUCUAUCUGUAAUAUAAAUCGUAUGAAAUAUGUGGAAAUGCUAAAAAUAUAUUUGCUGAUUUUAAUUUUAUAGUUAUUAAAUAAAUGUGCUCUUAAAAUAA